CUGAAUAAAUAAAAAAAAAUCGAAUGCAACAUGUUCUGUCUUCGUCUGAGCUUGCUGUAAAGCAGGUGCACAGAGGCCAGAGCAGUAAGGGGGAGUAAAUACGCAAGGAUUAAACUGUGUGUUUUUAACUUCAACAUUUAUUCAGCCACUGCAGACUUGAGCUGUUCAUUUUCAUUAAAAUAAAAACUACUUUUAUGAUCACUUGGUUGCUUUUUUUGUGUGUGCGCGCGUAAUGCUGGAGGGGGAGAUUUGGGCAAGGAGAGCGCACGAGUACCUACCUACCAACCAUUUUUAUGUUCAAGUCAGAAAAAAAAGCAGGUGAUUAGGUCAAUGUUUCCCAAAUUGUGGCACAGGGACUUCCAGUGGUCCUUAUGGAGUUUCCUGGAGGUCCCCAGGAGGAACACUUAAGCCUAGCGGUUACAUUACCCCAAGCACAAUUAGAGAAUAAGGAGACUAUUUUUAUUAUAGCUCUCACUUUUCUUAUUGUUGUUCCUGUCGCACCCAGGCAGAAAUGCUGCACAAAACUAAAUCAUAAUCUCGAGGUAACAAAAAAAAAAAAAAAAAAAAAAGUUCAGAUCUUCAGGUUAAUAAUGUCAUAAAAUGGUCCAUGAACUGGCGCGGCGUGUUGUGAAAAAAAAGUUUGAGAACACGUGGAUAAUGAUACGCGCUUUGAUGCUUAUAUUGGUUCAUUAAAGUGUGCUUGCUUGUGUGUGUAGUUCAUCCCUUUUAGAAGCCCCAUCCCGACCUCUCCCUGACCCCGCUCACCCUCUCCAACCCCGGGCCCCUGUCACUUUAAAAUUUACUGCGGAGAGGAGACGCUUCCGACCGGGGACAGGGGCUAAAGACAGUCCCGUGUUUCGAGUCGCCUCUCUCUGGGCUUCAGGGAUGGACGCGCUGGAUCCUUCUGUAUGAGACAAUGCGUAAAAGCGAAACAUCACACAAACCGUCCGGGACGCGCAAAGUAGGGGGCGAUGCUUGAAGCCAAACCCCCCCUCUUGACUCUCUCUGCUAUCAUAUAGACGACACAUCCCGAGUGGCUGAGGAGGGGGGAGAGGAAGAGAAAAAUGAAAAAGUUGAAUGGCUACUAGAGGACACCUGGGUGCGUCAGGACAGGAGGGGUGACAAGAGAGGAGCGGACGAGCCAAGCGAAGCGCGCACAGUGAAAAGUUGGGAGCAAGUUGAUGUACCGGAGGUGAUUUUUAGUUUUUAGUAGCGAUCCGCGAUGUCUGUAGGACAGUGAGGAGAUUUACCGAGUAAGCGGUGUCUGUGAGACAAUAUAGUGAGAGAGGAUUUACUUUUACACAACCGCGCGGUGUCUGUGGGGACGGUCGCACCGGAGUCGUCCUGUGGCUUGAAGACCCGAAGAGACACCGAAAAAACAACAACAGAAGACUGGUGCUUUUUUUUUUUUUUUUUUUUUUUUUUUUACAAUGCCAGAAAUCUGGACGACGCACCGCAAAGACAAUUUGUAGUUUUAUUGUUUAUUUGACAGUCUUUAUUUUUUUAACCCGGAGUUUUCAUCACUUUUCCUCAGUUUGUAACGCAGCUCUUAUCCCAAGAGGUUUUUAAGUGUCGCACGCCGGUGCAAAAGAGUUUGUACGAUCUUGGACGGGUCAGGCCAUGUAAAAUUCUGUGUGGAUGCCAGCAAGCCAGAUAUCGGGAGCUGGCUGAAGCAUAUCCAGUUUGCCCCUGCGGCCAAGCAGCAUAACCUGACAGCGUGCCAGAUAGAUGAUCAGAUCUUCUACAAAGUCACCAGAGAGAUUUUCCCCGGUGAAGAGCUGCUACUUUUCAUGAAGGCUGAAGAGUAUUCAUGUGACACCAUGGCUCCUGAUAUUCAUGAGGAGAGGCAGUACCGCUGUGAGGACUGUGACCAGCACUUUGAGUCCCGCAACCAGCUGCUGGACCACCAGAAGCAGCCGUGUGGGAUGCCCCCCUCCUCCUUCCUUAACCCAGGAGGGGACAGCGACCUGAAGGCCCAGGAACCUCAAGACCUGCGACCCCUUCACGUGUCCCACGGUUUACACGAGUGUAAGGAGUGUGACCAGGUGUUCCCUGACAUCCAGAGUCUGGAGGCCCACACUCUGUCCCACUCCGAAGAAAGGGAAUAUAAGUGUGACCAGUGUCCCAAGGCCUUCAACUGGAAAUCUAACCUGAUCCGACAUCAGAUGUCGCACGACAGUGGCAAGCACUACGAAUGUGAAAACUGCUCAAAGCAGGUGUUCACAGACCCCAGUAACCUGCAGAGGCACAUCCGCUCACAGCACGUCGGGGCGCGGGCCCACGCCUGCUCUGACUGCGGCAAGACGUUUGCAACGUCUUCGGGCCUCAAGCAGCAUAAGCACAUUCACAGCAGUGUCAAGCCCUUCAUGUGUAAGUCACUAAGACCCUACCUAUGCGAGGUGUGCCACAAGUCCUACACCCAGUUCUCUAACCUGUGCCGUCACAAACGCAUGCACGCUGACUGCCGCACACAGAUCAAGUGCAAGGACUGUGGGCAGAUGUUCAGCACCACAUCCUCCCUCAACAAGCACCGGCGCUUCUGUGAAGGGAAAAACCAUUUCACAGCAGGGGGAUUGUUUGCCCAGGGUAUGCCACUCCCUGGCGCCCCUGGCUUGGACAAAUCAGCUCUGGCAAUGGGCCACGGCAGUUCUGGGCUGGCUGAUUACUUUGGGGCCAGUCGCCACCAUGGCGGGCUUACAUUCCCUGCUGCCCCAGCAUUUCCAUUCAGCUUUCCUGGCCUCUUCCCCUCUGGACUCUACCACCGGCCACCUCUCAUUCCUGCCACCUCUCCUGUCAGACAACCAGCCCAUGCACCUGUUGCUGGGCACGGUGCAGAGCUGAGUAAGAGUCCACUGCUGCCUCCAAGCCCUGGACUUCAGGAGUCCCGAGAACUACUCAAGGCUCUCCGUAAAGAUGGCGGUGCACCUGGCAACCAGAUGCCAGGUUCAGAGCUCCACGCCCAGAGCUCCUCAUCCUCCACGAAGCAGCGGAACAAGCAGAGUGACCAGUCUGAGAGCAGCGACCUGGACGAUGUCAGCACGCCCAGCGGAAGUGAUCUUGAGAGCACAUCGGGCUCCGAGCUAGAGAGUGACAUGGACAGUGAGAGGGAGAGGGGAGCUGCUCGAGAAAAUGGCAAAGGUCCCAAGAGGAAGGCCAGUGAAGGAGGACCCCAGAGCCCCAGCCUGACAGGCAGCAGUGCUGCCAAAGACUUUCCGGGCCCUUCCCUCAUCCCAUCCUCGCUGGACGAGCACACAGCUGUAACAGGGGCUGUAAAUGACUCUAUUAAGGCCAUUGCCUCCAUUGCUGAGAAGUACUUUGGCUCCACAGGGCUGGCUGGCCUGCAGGACAAGAAGGUCGGGUCCCUGCCCUAUCCGUCCAUGUUCCCACUGCCUUUCUUCCCAGCUUUCUCUCCUCCAGUUUACCCUUUUCCAGACAGGGACCUCAGACCUCCAGGCCUGAAGGGCGAGCCACAGUCUCCAGCAGAUGACUGCAAGAAGGCCCAGGGCAAAUCUUCAUCCGAAUCACCAUUUGACCUCACUACUAAGCGAAAGGAGGAGAAGUCUGCCACAUUCGCUCCUUCCAAACCACAGGCCUCCCAGUCCACAGGUCAGGAUCAGCCGCUAGAUCUGAGCCUGGGGACUAGGGGCCGUGGACGCAAUCCAAGAGAGGAGGACACGAAGAAUAAUCUGGGGUAUGAGGAGGAGAAAACAGUGGUGGAGAUCCCAAAAGCUGAUACUUCGUUACAGCAUGCCAGGCCCACUCCUUUCUUUAUGGACCCCAUCUACAGCAGGGUUGAGAAGAGGAGAAUGAGCGAUCCGUUUGAGACUCUAAAGGACAAGUACAUGCGACCAGCUCCAGGAUUCCUCUUCCAUCCACAGUUUCGUUUGCCAGAUCAGAGAACUUGGAUGUCGGCCAUCGAGAACAUGGCAGAGAAGCUGGAGACCUUUGGCUCCUUGAAGCCAGAGUCUGGUGACCUGCUGCGCUCCGUCCCUUCCAUGUUUGACUUCAGAGCACCGCCCUCUGCACUUCCAGAGACGCUGCUGCGCAAGGGCAAGGAGCGCUACACAUGCAGAUACUGCGGGAAAAUAUUCCCCCGCUCUGCUAACCUGACCCGCCACCUCAGGACUCAUACAGGAGAGCAACCAUACAGGUGUAAAUACUGCGACCGCUCCUUCAGCAUCUCCUCCAACUUGCAACGUCACAUCCGCAACAUCCACAACAAGGAAAAGCCCUUCAAGUGCCACUUGUGUGACCGUUGCUUCGGUCAGCAGACUAACCUGGAUCGUCACCUCAAGAAGCACGAGAACGGCAACCUUUCAGGCACUGCAAUGUCGUCCCCGCAGUCUGAACUGGACAGUGGCAGUGCCAUAUUGGAUGACAAGGAAGACUCUUACUUCAAUGAAAUAAGAAAUUUCAUCAGCAACACAGGCCAGAACCAGACAUCACCGGACCCCUCUGAGGAAGGGUUAAACGGCGGCCCGUUUGAAGAAGAGAAGCCGCUGAUGGCCAGCCGUGGGUCACGUGACCUGGAAGAUGAAGAAGCGGAGGAGCUCGGUGCUGAUGAAGAAGAAGUGGAAGAGCCCAGCAACACCCCCGGGAAACCGGAAGGCGAUGUGCUUCCUAGCAGCCUCAGUGAUGACAUACAAGACGAAAUGGACUUCAACGAGCCGAACGACUUAAACCUCACCUGCAAAACCUCUCCCAGGAGAUAUAAGGACGAGGAGGAGCAGAGCGGCUACUCAGCCUUGGACCACAUUCGUCACUUUUCGGAAAUGCGCAAGCUGGAGGAGAGUGAGCUGAGUGACGGAGACGAGGACGAUGGAUCAUUUGGCUCUCCCUCUCUGACUGAGGCCGUCAAACAGCCGCUCUUUAGGAAAUCUAAGUCUCAGGCGUAUGCCAUGAUGCUGUCUCUGGCUGAAAAGGACUCUCUCCACCCAGCCUCCCACAACCCAGCCACCAUGUGGCACAGUCUGGCACGGGCUGCUGCUGAAUCCAGUGCCAUUCAGUCCCUAAGCCAUGUAUGAUGACACCCCUGCGCUUUCCCUUUCACCUUUCAAACCCCCCCCCCAUCCCUCCAAAACCUGACCUAUGGCACUGGGAGCCCAUUACAGGGGUUAUGUGCAGGGGGGGCCCUGAUCGUCCACAGAGUGACUGCUGAGCAGAACCACGGCCCAUCUGACUGCUGAGCGGAGCGCCUUACACACACAAAGCACGGUCACUGUCCAUGCAGAACCCAGCCUAGCCCCCAGCCACCCCCACCCCACCCCAAAAAAACCCCAAUUGAUAGAGAAGAAAAAUGUCCCUCUGAGACCUUAAAAUUGAUUUCUUACACCAACCAGGAUGGUAGCAGUGAUGAUGAUUGUGGUGAAAAUAAUAAUGCUAAAGUAAUAAUAGCUGUAUUUAUUCUGCUGAAUUUCUAUGUUUUGCACAGCAAAGGCAGCUGGUGGACAUGGAAGAUGGAUGUGCUGAUGUAUCAUUGCUAGACUGCAUUAAUUGCCCAGCACAUACAAAGCAAGGAGAACAUUUAACGCUGAGAGUCUGGUUGCGUCUCUAAGACAGCCAGUUCCAGCCUAGUAUGUGUCACUGUGCAUAAAGCAUAAGAACCUUGGCUCAUCUGACAAAAGUAUCUUUAAAAUGUAUUACAAGACUUCCCUUUGACCCCCCCGGCCCGUCCCCUCCCCAGAGAUCCACAGGUGUUUCUCAUAAAUACAUGUACUUGAUGAUAAAAAUGAAGGGUGGCGUUAGCAACCUCAGUUCAAAUGAAAACCGCUCCAUGUAAGGACAGCGCUAGCAGUACUUUAAUAUCACUGAAGUCAUUGAAGAACAAAUUUUAAAAAGAGAAAAAAAAAACAAGUAACUGUUAUACUGAAAUCAGGCCAGUUUCUCAUCUGCGUUUUCAUAGCUGCGUGUGUCUGCACAAUCAUAGCACUGUACACGAGUGUCUACCAACUGUUCUCCACUGCACUCCAUCCUGCCCGCCUGCGCUAUCUGUGAAAGGAUAUAAAUAGAUUGUCUUUUUAGUGGAAGAGAAGAAAACACAAUGUUUUUUUGUUUUGUUUUUUUCGUUUGUUUGUUUGUUUUUUUUAACUGAGAUAAGUAGCCAGUGCUGAAGUUAAUUGUUGUUCUGUAAAGGGCAUAUGUCUUUUUUUAUUUUUUAAACCCUUGAAUCCAUCCUAGUCAGCCAACAAUACCACUAAAUAGCCUGAAUGCUAGUCGUUAGCUACUCCAUGCUCGUGUGUCUUUCAUUUUUUAGACAAUCAUGAUUUUGUUUUUUUUGUUGGUGUUGUUGUUGUUAUUUGCUGUUGUAUGUUGAGAACUGUAUUUAUUUCUUGGCAAACUGUAGUUUGUUUACUGAAUAGCACUGCUCUUAGCCCAGGUGAAGGGGAGAUUUCCUCACCGGGCCUAUCCCAGAGUUCAAUGGGGUUUGUAGAUUACAUUUGAGUGCCGGAUAGUAUUAAACAUACAAUUCACUCCUUAUUCUUCUAAUGAAACCGGUCGAUGAAUAGAUAUUACUUAGGUUUUUUUUUUUCUAUGACAAUUUAAUGAUUCAAUUGUAAAAAAUGAAAAACAUUAUAAAGAAUGAAUAAUAAAAAAUAAAAAAAAGCCAGGUAUAAUUUCUUCAUAAACGCAUGAUUGGUCUGGUAAGAUCUGUAUCUGACAUUUUCUACGGUUGUCUGCAAGCUUGUGUGACGUUCGGUUCAUGUUAAUCCCUUGUGCCAAACUUAUGAUAAAUAACAGAUUACUUUCAUUUAUUCUCCCGUUUUGAGGGACCAGAUCUUUUUUGUUUGUUUUUUGUCGUUGUUUUGUUUAUAAUCGAUUUUAAAAAGUAAUCAGCAAGUUGAGGUACUUUGUUUUAAUGCUUUCUACAAUGUAACUGUUAUGCAUUUCAAUUCAAUACUGUGGGAGGAACAACUAAGAAAUAAAGGACUACAAUGUGGA